AGAGGAAGCGGCUGGUGAUGCUGGAACAAAUAUGGCCGCCCCGGCGCCCGUCGGCCCUUCGGGCUCCCGCAGUCCUCGGCUGGCCGCCGGCCUUCGGCUGUUCCCACUACUGGGGCUGCUGCAGCUGCUGGUCGAGCCUGGCCUGGGCCGCGUCCACCACCUGGCGCUCAAGGAUGAUGUGAGGCAUAAGGUUCAUCUGAACACCUUUGGAUUCUUCAAGAAUGGGUACAUGAUGGUGAAUGUCAGUAGCCUUUCAGUGAAUGAGCCUGAAGGAGCCACAGACAAGGACGCAACUAUUGGAUUCAGCCUAGACCGCACAAAGAAUGAUGGAUUUUCUUCUUAUCUGGAUGAAGAUGUGAAUUACUGUAUUUUAAAGAAACAGUCUGCCUCUGUCACCCUUCUAAUCCUAGACAUCUCCAGAAGUGAAGUGCGAAUAAGAUCUCCACCAGAAGCUGGUACCCAGUUACCAAAGAUCAUCUUCAGCAAGGAUGAGAAAGUCCUUGGUCAGAGCCAGGAGCCUGGUGUUAACGCUGUUUCAGCAGGGAGCCAGACUCAGAAAAAACAAGACAGUGGAAAGUCUGAAAGAAGUACAGUGGAUUCAAAGGCAACAGGAGAGAAAUCCUUUUCUGUUCGUAAUAAUGAUGGGGCAGUUUCAUUUCAGUUUUUCUUUAACAUCAGCACUGAAGACCAAGAAGGCCUCUACAGUCUUUAUUUUCAUAAAUGCCCUGGAAGUGAAGUACGGUCUAACGACAAGUUUUCAUUCAGCCUCGAUAUCGAGAUCACAGAGAAGAAUCCUGACAGCUACCUCUCAGCAGGAGAAAUUCCUCUCCCCAAAUUAUACAUUUCUAUGGCCUUUUUCUUUUUGCUCUCUGGGACCAUCUGGAUUCACAUCCUUCGAAAACGACGGAAUGAUGUAUUUAAAAUUCACUGGUUGAUGGCCGCCCUUCCUUUCACCAAGUCUCUUUCCUUGGUGUUCCACGCAAUCGACUACCACUAUAUCUCCUCCCAGGGCUUCCCGAUCGAAGGGUGGGCUGUGGUGUACUACAUCACUCACCUCUUGAAAGGGGCCCUGCUGUUCAUCACCAUCGCACUCAUUGGCACCGGCUGGGCUUUCAUUAAGCACAUCCUUUCUGAUAAAGACAAAAAGAUCUUCAUGAUUGUCAUCCCGCUUCAGGUCCUGGCAAACGUGGCCUAUAUCAUCAUAGAGUCCACCGAGGAGGGGACGACUGAGUAUGGCUUGUGGAAGGAUUCUCUGUUUCUGGUGGACCUGCUGUGCUGUGGAGCCAUCCUCUUCCCGGUGGUAUGGUCAAUCAGGCAUUUACAAGAAGCAUCAGCAACAGAUGGAAAAGCUGCCAUUAACUUGGCAAAGCUGAAACUUUUCAGACAUUACUACGUCUUGAUCGUAUGUUAUAUAUACUUCACCAGGAUUAUUGCAUUUCUCCUCAAACUUGCUGUUCCGUUCCAGUGGAAGUGGCUCUACCAGCUCCUGGAUGAAAUGGCCACGCUGGUGUUCUUUGUUCUAACGGGGUAUAAGUUCCGUCCAGCUUCAGAUAACCCCUACCUACAACUUUCUCAGGAAGAAGAUGACUUGGAAAUGGAAUCUGUAGUGACCACGUCAGGGGUGAUGGAGAAUAUGAAGAAAGUCAAGAAGGUGACCAACGGCUCGGUGGAGCCGCAGGGUGAGUGGGAAGGCAGCGCGUGAUGGAGGAGCUCCGAGGCGGCACUGUCAAAGGAAACGGUUUAUUCGUAGUCCUGUUGGUCGGCGAGAGAGGUCGGCCCUCCCGACGGUGACACCGCAGAGCAUGUGGCUGUGAGCAAUUGCCACGGAAGCCUAACUUUUCACUCUUUUCUGGAAGCCGGAUCUGUGGCUGGUGAUAGGCAGCUAGAAUUCUCCUUCAGGUGGGAGUGCUGGGUAGGGGGUGUAAGAGGAGGAGGGUAAAAGGAAGACUUUGUUUUUAAUCUCUAUUAUUUUAAAUUGGGAACUCUUCAGGUAGGUGCAGUUGUGACCCAGUGUGUAGCAGUGGAAUGUUGGUGGAUGGGGCAUGGCGGGUGGUGGUGUGUCUGCAGCCGUUCAGGGCACGGGAAGGGGCUUUAGGAAACGAGCAGAUGUCGAGUGGGGCACGGGGGCUCACAAAGAAGGGAGAGGUGAGCAUCGCUGCAUCUUGGGGACAAAAAACGAGUGAGAUCAGGUUAUUUUAGAAAGCAAAGUCAAAACCCAAUUUAGUAUUAAGAGAGUGCCCCAGGAUUUCCGGCCCUGAAUGUCGCCCCAGACCUUCAUCCCGGAUUCUGAAAGUGACCAGGAACGACAGUCGUCCGAGGGCUACGGUGUCAGAGUCAAGGCCCGGGUGGUGGCAAAUGGCUCUCUUGACUGAAGUGUGUUCUGUGUUACCUAAUGGAUGGACGGAAGUGUGUUUUUAAGCUCGAAAAGCCGCCUCCUGUAGGAUUUCCCUGAACAUCUGGUCCCCCCGACGGCGCAGAGCAGCACCGUCUCUGGCGGCCCUCUCGUCCCUCUCUUCUCGCAGCUGCAUCUAUUUUGUGUGAUCAGAAUACGGGGAAACGGGAAGGACUUUUCCUUAAGGAGCAGCUGGGGGCAGAAAGGAUCAUGUCGAAGCAGAUCCUUAAGGCACAUCGUCAUCAUGACAGAGCUUUUCCUGUAGCCAGGUAGGACUUCUAAAGGGAGGAAUGCAGCAGACCUUGUCCCUGUAUUCCAAGAGUAAGUAUGCAAAGAAGAUGAGGGUGAUUAGCAGGUUUACUCUGGGGUGUGGGGAUGAUGAGACCUUUCACAGAAGCUCAGUGAGGUUCCCUUCCAAACUUUCAGAGCUUGGAGAGGAGCACGGAUACAUUGCCUGAGUGAACAGUACUGCAGCUCGUAGCCAAGCCAUCUGAGUAUUGGGACAAGCUCAGAAGGUUCCCUGUGACAGAGGGCAUAGCAGGGCUUUCCGCUCGUUUCCUACUAAGGCUUUGGCUGCCGGAGCCUGAGAUGGGGACUGAAACACUGCAUCAGGCAAGCUCCCUGGAGCGUGGGGUCCCGGCCGGGCGGGGUAGCUCCCAGUGCCCACGUGCGUCAGGAGCCCGAGCCCCCCCUGACCUCCUGGCCUGCCUCCUGGGUGCUGGAUGGUGACUGUGGCUGGUGGUUAUUCUCUUACCUCUGGCUUGGAAGGGUCGAUCAGAAACCACAAGAUUUAGGGGUGCCGCUCAGUAUGCCCGGUUUGGGAACCUGAAGUGUCUUUACUCAGAAAACAGUUAUUUUCCCUCUCCUGUACCAUUGUCACUUCCUAAAUGACCAGUGAGGAAGCAAGUGUCCUUUCUAUGCGCUUCGAUGAGCCCUCUGUGCUCUGCCCAGUGCCACCUCCACAGGGGCUCGAUCCUGGCUGAGUGAGGAGGAAGACCAGCGUCUUCCAAGGCUGCUGCUGCCCACCUCUCCACAGAUAUUUUAGGGAAGGGUUCGUGUGUCUUCCCAUCUUCAGGAGCGAGGAAAUAGGCCCCAAGUAUUCAUCUAAGGGCCUUUUUUUUGUCUUUUAAGUAAUCUGGGAGCUGUGUGACAGGAGAAGGAAGUGGCAGGGAGGACGGGAGUAUUUUUCAGACUUUGUUUUCCUGACGUGAACACCAUCCCAGUGAUUAAGAAAUGUGUCGCAUACUGUGGCCAAAACUUCCUUUGGUGCUUCCCUCCGAGGGACGUGUUUGCUGUUUGUCCUGCAAGCAGAUGUUCUCGACUAGGCCGUAGACCUCUUGGCAAGAACCAAAGGUUUGAGGAAACACACACACACACACACACACACACACACACAGACACGAAAGGGUCUCCACGGAGGUGUCCUCACUUCAUGUGCUGGAAGCGGGGAAGCGAGUAAAUGAAGAUGAGGGUGUGCAUGUGGGCUGGCACCGGCCCCUGCUCAGCCUUCCUGCUCUGAGGUCCCCGGGCCCCAGCGGUCACAGGAGGGCAUGACCCAGAGGGCUGGGCUUCUCUGUGGUACCGGGUGGUCUUCAAAUCCCACGCGGCACCUCUAGGCUCGCAGAAUGGCUGAGAGGCUGCAGUUUUACAGUGCUGACCCUUCUGGAACUGGAAGGUACAGAUGAGAUAAGGUAGUGGAUUAGAAAUAAAGGCAGGCCGCAGGCUUCCUAGCAAAUGGGUCGUCUGCCCACGUCCUAUAUUUUAACUGGCAGAAGAUUUAAAGGCAGGCCGCUGAUCAAGAGAAAUCAAACCCCCAGCCCAAGAUUGGGAAAAUAGGUGGUAGUUCACGUUUUUACAAAACUAUUUAAGCUCUUCAUCCUGUUCUGCAAAAAUUUGUUCUCUUUCUCUAUGACUUGAUGGCAGUAAGCAGCACUUAGCUCUACUCUUGAGUAAAGAUGACUGAUUGGGGUCUAAAGCCAAGGUGCUUCCCCAGCUGACAGCCCGCUUCCUGCAGCCUGAUUUUCACAGUCCCCUUGGGCUCACGGUGAUGCAGUGUUUGAAUGGUUAAGCCCUCUCAGUAUUUCAGGGAUUGGGCAGAAAGGAUCGGUGCACAUCAUAGAACGAUCGGUGGUAUUUAUAGCUUCGCUUUGUGCUGCUCCCUGUUUCUGCCUACGCGAAAUAUACGUACUUCCUCUGAGAAUCCUGCCGUGGACUGGAGGUGCCGCUGGCUGUGAAACUUUAGCAAGUAAAGGAUCUGUUUUCCUUUGA